UUAGUGGAAUGGCUUCAAAGAAACCUGCUAAUAUAAAAAAGCGUUUGUAAAAUUGUGUGUGAGAGAUCGUGAAGGUCAAUAAUCCAGUGCCGCGGUCCUGGUUGAUAAGAUUCACGUCUGGGCAGUAACUCGUAUGAACAUCAGAACCAAAGAGAAUAAUGCUGUUGUCAAAGCUUGAAAAGAAAAUAGUAAAAAAAAAAAAAAAAAUAAUCUGGACGUUUAUUGCACUCGCACAUGCACACCUGCAAGCGAAACUAAAAUACUGAUGCUCAAGCACCAUCCCCAGCAGAGCCCCCGAGACCAUUAGUUGACGUCGAUCGAUCGGCACGCGCAACACGCGCUGCGUCAGUGGCGCAGACGAAGCAGACGACCGACAGGCUCCUGCAAUUACACUCAGUGCUGCCAUGUUGCUGCAGACUCUGCGAGAGGUUUAAAUUCCGAAUGAAUAGGAUGACAACAGGAAGGCACCAACCAAUGCACAGUCACACUUAGGCUCAUCUUCAUCAUUGCAUUAGGGCUUGAAUAAGUGGCCAGUAUGGUGAGGCAGUGGUUCACCAUGGCAACUGAACACACUGCUGUCAAAACAUAUGCAGAUAUUUUGAAAAGUAUGCUUGCAGUAGUUCUGCUGCUGCUGAUGUCAGUUUCAGCUGAACCAAAGGUUGUGACAAUUGGUGCCUCACUCAGUUCUGAGCGCUAUCAGCACCAGUUCAAACUUGCUGUUGAGGCUUUGAAUCGACGGCCUCAAUUGCAGAACAGUCUUCAGUUUAAUUCAACAUCGAUUUUAAUGGAUGGGAACCCUAUUCGCUCAGCCCUGGAUGUAUGUGACAAGUUACUGGCAGAACAAGUUUUUACUGUGGUGGUGUCUCAUCCGAACUCGAGCUUUCAAGCACCAAUUUCAGUUUCCUAUACCUGUGGCUACUACAACAUCCCAGUCAUUGGGAUCUCAGCGCGUGAUAGUGCAUUUUCUGACAUAAAUGUGCACAAAAUGUUUCUGAGGACGGUGCCACCAUACUCCCAUCAGGCAGAUGUUUGGGUGGCCAUGCUGGAACAACUUGGGUGGUACCGCGUGAUUUUUGUCUACAGUGCAGAUGAAGAAGGAAGGGCAAUUCUGAGCCGUUUCCAGACCCUGGCAGAACCCAAGGAGAUUAAGAUUGAUCGGACCAUAAAGUAUAUGCCAGGACAAACUAACUACACAGAAGACCUGGUGCAGAUACACAAUCUCGAGGCUCGAGUCAUUCUGCUGACUGCCGCCACAGACGAUGCUGAGGUGUUGUUUUCUGAUGCUGAAUCCUGUGGCUUAAUGGCUGAAGACUUUGCCUGGAUUGUUUCAGAAAGGGCUUUUAAUGCUGCUACUACACCUAUUGGUGUGCUAGGUUUGCAUCUGGUAAAUGGUACUGAUGAGGAGAAGCACAUCAGUGAUGCAGUGGACAUCGUCUUUGAUGCCUUUACUCGUGUGUCUCCCUCUGCAUUGGACUCACCACCACCUUCCAAAUGCUCCGAUUUGGACAACUGGCAAAGUGGAGAAGUGAUUCUAGCGGCACUGAAGAGUACCAAAAUGUCAGGACAGACAGGGCAGCUCAGCUUUACAGAGCUGGGGGACCGAUUGGAUGCCAUGUAUGAAAUUAUGAACAUGAACACAAGCAGGCGGCAGGUUGCCGUAGGACUGUAUGGUGGCAUUCAGGUUAGCAGUGUGAAGCCUCCACAAGUGGUUGGAGCUGAUCAGGAACCUCUACGUAUGUCAAAGAAUAUCACCUGGCCAGGAGGUGUAACUGUAAAGCCAAAAGGUUUACGUAUCAAACGCAAUCUCACGGUGGUUACGCUAGGGGAAAUCCCAUUUGUUAAUGUAGAAAAAAUGCCUGCUGAUGGAAUAUGCAAGCGCCUCAAUGCGAAGAGCAAUUCUUUUCCCUGUUACAACUUCACCAGUGGCACAACUCACUGCUGCUCUGGUUACUGUAUUGACAUGCUGGAAAACAUCGCAGCCAACGUCAGCUUUAAUUUCACCAUUCAUCUCAGCAGCGAUGGUCUCUAUGGCUCCUUUGAGAGGCGCAAUGGCUCCGAGUCCAAGCAGUGGAAUGGCAUGAUGGGUGAACUCAUUGACGGAAAGGCAGACUUAAUUGUUGCUCCACUGACGAUCAACCCUGAGCGUGCUGCAUACAUUGAUUUUACCAAGCCAUUUAAAUACCAGGGGCUUAACAUUUUAGUGAGAAAGACUCAGAAAGAUUCCAGUUUGGCAUCAUUCUUACAACCUUUUCAAGACACUUUGUGGAUUCUUGUUGGACUGUCAGUACAUGUGGUGGCACUAGUUCUUUACCUUUUGGACCGCUUUUCUCCCUUUGGGCGCUUUAAGCUGGCCAAGUCGGAAGAUACAGAGGAAGAUGCCCUCAAUUUGUCUUCAGCUAUGUGGUUUUCAUGGGGAGUGCUGCUCAACAGUGGUAUAGGAGAAGGGACACCACGUAGCUUCAGUGCUCGUGUACUAGGCAUGGUGUGGGCAGGCUUUGCCAUGAUCAUUGUUGCUUCCUACACAGCCAACCUCGCUGCUUUCCUCGUGCUUGAUAGACCAGAAGCUCUUAUUUCUGGAAUUGAUGAUCCUAGGCUGAGGAAUCCAACUGAGAAUUUCCGUUAUGCGACUGUGAAAGGAAGUGCUGUGGAGAUGUACUUCAAACGCCAGGUCGAACUAUCUACCAUGUACCGCAAUAUGGAAGAUAAGAAUUACCAUACUGCUGAGGAUGCCAUUGAAGCUGUACGCAAAGGAGAAUUGCAUGCUUUCAUCUGGGACUCACCGCGUCUGGAGUAUGAGGCAGCAAAUGAUUGUGAUUUGACAACAGCUGGUGACCUGUUUGGUCGCUCAGGUCUUGGAAUUGGUUUGCGUAAAAACAGUCAUUGGACUCACCCUGUUUCCCUGGCUGUGCUGGAGCUGCAUGAGAGUGGUUUCAUGGAAGAACUAGACAAUCGCUGGAUUUUGGUUGACAGCAAGUCUCAGUGCCCAGAGGGAAACUCAGCCCCUGCAACUCUUGGGCUGACAAACAUGGCGGGUGUGUUCAUGAUGGUUGCUGGAGGAAUUGUAGCAGGUGUACUCCUCAUUUUUAUCGAAAUUGCCUACAAGCGCCACCGUGGUCUGAAAGAAAAGGAAUUAGAACUGGCACGGAAUGCUGCAGACCGUUGGCGUGGUAACAUUGAGAAACGUCGAACCCUACGACAGACACUUCAGAAGCAGAGAGAGGAGCAGAUGCGGGCUGCCAAUGCUGUGGGGAUGAAGCAACAAGAGGCUCUUACGCAAGGCAACAGCAUGACCCCUUACCGCAGGUCACCUCUUCUAGAGGGUGCUGGAAGCAAUGCCACAGGAGUAUCCCACUUUUCUCCUCCGCAGCCACUCCCUCCCCAUUUCACCUCCUCCCACAGUGCACGCGGCCAUUUUGCUCAUUCUCCGGGUGGUGUCCGUACUGGGCGCACCGUGACUUGGCACAACCCUGCUCACAACCCUGACUUCAGUGUUAUCUAAUGUUUUCAUUCUGUAUUGGAAUACUAUGUUUUGUUGUAUCAUUUGUCUUGAGAAGACAAUCUGAAUUUUAUUCUAUUUGAUGCUGCUCAUUCUCCAACCUUAUUCAUUCUAUAACAAUGAUGUACUUGCAACACCUGCUUUUCUGUAGUAUCUGUAUUAUGCAGAUACCCCAGGUAAAGUGAAUUAACUGUCAAGAAACUUUGGAGCAGCUUAUAUUCCUAUUUUUUGGGAUUGAUUUCCUUUUCAGAAGAGCUUGAGCUGUAUUUCUCAGAACUCUUUUUUUUUUUAAAUGUGAUAAAUUUUUCUCUUAUUAAUGUAAAAGAAGCAGGCUUUCUCUGAAUGAUUUUGGCUACUGUUCCUCAUCACAUUUCAUGAUCUCACAGGCUGGCCGAUAUAGUUCAAAGUCAUGGGAGAUGUUUUUCUUUUACUGUGAUUGUUUUCUAUAGUUUGCUCAUAACUUUGCUAAUAUAGUUCUUGGAAUGUUGCAACAUUUGCAUCAGUCUUCAUUCAGUCAAAAAUUUUAUAAAAUGACACCAGUGAAAGUUUAGUUUUUAAAGAAAUCCAUAUUUGAUGAAAGCCAGAAGAAUGAGAAAGAAUAGCAGAAGUGUUAACAUUCAGUGUUGUGAAUGAGCUGAUGUAAUAUCAAGAAAUUUAGACAGGAAAGAUGCUUUCUCAGCAAUAUGAUGAAGGUGAUUACAAGGCAUCUCUUUUAUAGAGUUAUUUAAACUUGGUGUUUGAAUGGAAUGGUGGUAAAAGUUGUUAUCCCUUGGCAAAUUUAAGAAUUUUUUUUUUGUAGUCUAGUGAACAUUAUUUCACCAAUGCAAAAUUAUUUAACCAGUUUUAUGUGAGACUAUGAAAAAAAACACAUGCACACUUGUUCACUUUUUUCCCUGAAUGUCCUCUGUGAAAAUGGUUAAACAAGGCUAAUAUAUAUCAUUAAUAUAUUUCUUAACAAGUAGCUACAAGGCUGCAUGUUUUCAGCUAACAUGGAUGUAAAUUUGUAAUUUCCAUCAAAGAAAGUUAAGAACACAUAAAUGCAAGUAGCAUGCUUCAAACUGAUUUUUUUUUAACAAUUUGCAAAGAAUACCAGGAAAGAUAUGUGCCACCACAAAGCAAGUGAACGGAUAACUGGUUAUAGUUGUGUUCUAGAUUUUCAUCUGUAAAACAGACCAAAACCAAAGAUAUUCUGUUCAUAUACUGGAUUUAAUGGGUUCUUAUCCAAGAUAUUGGGAGGAGGAUGUAUGUUCUGAUGGUUGGGGAAAGGGCUCAGAACAGUGUUGAUUAUUUUGCAUUUAUAUGUACAGUUCUUCUUGUGUGUUCAUGUAUGUUUGGUGCAGUAAUAUUGAUCACUUUUUAUAGUUUAGAUCAGUUGAUGCUGAUGCAUAUGAAAUGUACAGUUCAAUGUGAACAGAUUAUUAUACCUGUUUAAAUUAUUUACAUUUGCAAUAUUGUCUGCAGUUCUCAGUCUUUAAAUCUGUUUCCUACAUACCAAAUAGGCAUGAACUUAAAAUGCCUCCUAGAAAUAAAUAGUACAUUGCCUUUUCCUUUAUUGUGCUCAAACUUCAAAUAAAAGAAAAAUCUCUA